AUGUCCCUCCCCUUCUUCGUCUGCUCCUUCAUCUCCACCUUCAUCUUCUCCGCCUCCGCCUCCUUCUCUACACCUUACCCUUACGGUUUAUCUUACCAUAUUGACUGUGGUAGCCCCAUCAACACCAGUGAUCCCUUCAAUACUACCUGGCUUUCCGACCGCUUCUUCACCGCCGGCGCCUCCUCCGUCGUAUCCGAGCCACUCCGAUUCCACUACCCCUACGAGAAGACCCUUCGCUUCUUUCCUGUCUCUCACGGCAAGAAGAACUGCUACAUUAUCCCUUCUCUUCCCUCCGGUCGUUACUUCCUCCGCACGUUUGUCGUUUACGACAACUACGAUGGCAAGUCUCACACUCCUUCUUUCGAUGUCGCCGUCGAGGGCACUGUCAUUUUCAGCUGGCGUUCUCCGUGGCCGGAAUCUGUAGCUCUAGGGGGUGCGUAUUCUGAUCUGUUUGCUUACGUCACAGACGGUGAGGCUGAUGUCUGCUUUUACGGCUUGGCUACUGAUCCCCCGGUUAUCUCUUCUCUCGAGCUUGUACAUGUCGAUCCCCUGUCUUACGAUUCGACGAGUAUAGGAGAUAAGCACGUUCUCGUCAAUUAUGGAAGGUUAUCUUGCGGGACUGAUCAAUGGGGUCCCGGAUUCAGCAACGACACCGAUCUCUUUGGUCGGUCAUGGCAGUCCGAUUCCGAAUUCCGAUCAAAUUUCGGUCUAUCGAGUCACCGCAACCGCGACGAUGUUAGAGCUAUAUCCACGAGGAACACCAUAAGCGGAACUGAACAGAAGCCCAAUUACUUCCCGAUGAAGUUGUACCAAUCGGCGGUGACUGUUGGUGGAGAAGAUGGCGUCUUGGAGUACAAUUUGAAUGUGGACGCGAAGUUAGAUUACUUAGUGUGGUUGCAUUUUGCGGAAAUUGAUUCCAGUGUGAAGAAGGCAGGAGAUAGGGUGUUCGAUGUGUUGAUCAAUGGCAAGAAUGCAACUAGGAUUGACAUAUACAAGCAGGUGGGAAGCUUUGCUGCGUUUACUUGGCACUAUAUUGUGAGGAAUUUGAGCAGUAGUGUGUUGACUGUGAAGCUUGUGGCUGCAGUAGGUGCCCCUCUAAUUAGUGGGCUUGAAAAUUAUGCUUUGGUUGCCAGUGACCCUUCUACCGUGCCGCAACAAGUGAUUGCCAUGAAAGCAUUGAAAGAUUCACUUCGUGUUCCUGAUAGAAUGGGUUGGAAUGGUGAUCCUUGUGCUCCUACUAAUUGGGAUGCUUGGGAAGGAGUCACCUGCCGCAUGAAUAAGAAUCAUGCUGCCCUCGUGAUAAGUGAAAUAGAUCUUGGCAGUCAAGGCUUGAAAGGGUACAUUAGUGACCAGAUUAGUCUUUUGUCAGACUUGGUAAGCCUGAACUUAAGUUCUAAUUCUCUCCGUGGUUCCAUACCUUCUGGCUUGGGGCAAAAAUCCCUGAUACGCGUGGAUUUGUCCAACAAUGAAUUAACAGGUUCCAUACCAGACGGUUUAGCCUCUUCAAGUUUGCAGCUUGUGCUAUUGAAUGAUAACUUUUUGGAAGGACAAGUGCCAGAAGGACUUUACUCGGUUGGUGUGCAUGGGGGAGCUUUUGAUCUCUCUGGCAACGAAGCUUUGUGUGGCGUGCCAUCUCUGCCAGCUUGUCCUUUAUUGUGGAAACACGGAAGACUAUCUACUUGGGGGAAAAUUGCAAUAGGCUUGUCAUGCCUUUUUGUUUUCUGUGCGUUACUGGUGCUGGUAUGUAUUUAUGUCAGGAGGAGAAGGAACGAAUAUGAUUUUGGUCUUCCGCAUGAAUUAAUGGCAUUAGCCGGCAAGAGAAGCCGAUAUCAGAGACAUAAAUCCUUGAUGCAUCUUGAGAUGGAGAGCCAACAUGCCAGAGGUUUACAUUCACCAUAUACUUUACAAUAACCGAGUUUCACUGCAAAUUUAAGACUGAUUUUUCACAACAUUCACCGACACAGCUUUUAGCAAAAGGAAAUUGAAAGUUGUAAAUACACCUAUCAGUGCUAAGCCAAGUUGAUGUGACAUCACUGCCUUACUUUAGAGGGGAAAGAACGGCUUGCUGAGGUUUGGCUUUUCUCCAACAGCUUUCUAUCUCUUCAGGAUUGUGGAAGCCACUUAUUGCUUUGUUGUGUCACACAUUGUUUGCCGCACCCACCACAGACACAACCCGUUAUAUCAGUAACCAUAUACAAAGUUACAACCUUUGAUGAAUAGGUGAUAGGAACACUUCAAUUAAAUGCAAGUGAUUUGAACCAUGAGUUAGUUGUGUACUUUAGGUUGACAUGUGUCCAUUCUGCUUAACUCAACACUGUACCCUGAUAUUUACGUUGCCUAAUAACGGUGGGCGGCCUGUUCUAUGCUAUGAACUUUUUGUA